ACAGCUCCAGCUGUUGAGGGAAACGCGGUGGGAGACAUUACACUGUUUUAGGCUAAAUUUAGAUUUAUAUUUUGGUUAUUAACUAACUUAUGUCACAAUACAAACUCAGUCGGUUAGUAGGUUAUCUUUAAAACGGGAUGAAACGACUGAAAAAGAAGAAACUGAAUGGAGGAGUUGUGGUGAAUGAGACUGGAUCUGUCACAAGAGAUCCAGUUUGUGGAAGGAAACAGAAGCUGGCUGAGAUCCAACAGGCUUUGAUCAGUGAUCCCGUGGACAUUGAGACCCUGAGGAGAGCCGCAGGCAGCAGGGGAGGGCUGCUCACCGACGAACUGAGGAGAAAAGUCUGGCCCAAACUACUCAACAUAAAUGUGUAUGAUCUGCCAUACAAGCCUGGUCGAGAUGUAAGAGAGAACCACAAGGACUACAACCAAGUAGUCCUGGAUGUAAGGAGAUCCAUGAAGCGGUUUCCUAAAGGUAUGCCCGCCACAGAGAGAUCGGCGCUUCAGGAGCAGCUCAUCGACAUCAUACUUGACAUUUUGAAGCGUAACCCUCAGCUUCACUACUACCAGGGUUACCACGACGUGGCCGUCACUCUGCUGCUGGUAGCUGGGAAGCGGAUGGCAAUCGCCAUGUUGGACAAACUGUCCAAUUAUCACCUCAGGGAUUUUAUGGAUAGCACCAUGGACAGCACCAAACACAUUUUGAACUAUCUGAUGCCUAUACUGGAGCAGGUCGACCUCGAGCUGCAUGACUUCAUGGUCAGAGCGGAGGUAGGAACCAUAUUUGCACUGUCCUGGCUCAUCACGUGGUACGGCCACGUCCUGUCCGAGUUCAAACACACCUUAAGGCUCUACGACUUCUUCCUGGCCUCCCAUCCGCUGAUGCCCAUCUACCUCGCAGCUGCGAUUGUGUUGCACAGAGAGAAGGAGGUGAAGCAGACCGAGUGUGACAUGGCCAUGGUCCACCACCUCCUCUCCCGCAUCCCAGAGGAUCUCCCCUAUGAACUCCUGAUUGGCCAGGCCCAAGACCUGUUUGAACAGUACCCUCCUUCAUUACUGGCCAAGCGGGCAGCGCUGCAAUCUCGCAAGUGCCUGUCCAUCAGCACCUUCCAGGCGUUCCAGCGCUCCACCCUCCACCAAAGGCCCGACUCAGUUCUCCAGCGCCUCACCAAGGCCCAGGGCUCCACCACCUCCAGACACGCGCCGCCACACUCCGGCCUGGAGGCGGCUCUGCCGGGGCCGGGGGGGAAAGGGAACCGCCUGGUGAAGGUGGCCGUGUGGGGCCUGUCCGCCACGCUCGGGGCGGCCGUGCUCGCCGUCGCCCAGACCGCCAUGGAGUGGGGGCCCGAGGUGCUGCUUCAGCUGUUCUGACACGGCGGGAGGAAGCAGGGACUCUGGAACUUGAGGAGUUAUAGUAUCUCUGUGCCAAACAGACUGUUGCAAUCACACUCAAAAAAACAAAAAUGUAUGGUAACUUUUUGUCAGAAUGUAUGUGUGCAUGAGUGAUGUUUUAAAAUGUGUGUUUAGGAAAGUGUUUGAAACAACCAAAAAAAACAACAAAAAAAAACCCCUCAAGAUUCUAAACAAAAAACACAAAGUGGGGUUUAAAAAUUCAGUGAAACUAUCAAUUUUAUGCUGCAUUUUUUUAAUUUCCACCGUCUUGAAUGCUUGUUCUUUGCAGGGGGAUGGGGGUUUGUGCACGUCUGCUCAUGCAUGUUACACAUCGACACAUUUUGCCUCACAUCGUCACCACUUUUUUUUUAUGUGUGUCUGUCUUUGUCGCCGACUGUUUUCGUUGAUUUCUCGUUUUCCGAUCGCCGCACUUGUUUGGAGCAUUUCAACUGAGAGCGUCGUCGUGAGCUUGUUGGAUCAGCAGCCAUAUCCGAGAGCCAGAAGUGCCUGUAGCCCGCACGAUGACAUAUGAAUACAAAUUAUUAAAGAGCGGUGUUUUUUCUGCUGAAAGCUUCCAGUUAUGAGCGAAACAAGAAGAGUGAGCGAGAGAGCGACGGAGGGAGGGAGGGAGGG